CUUGGACGCGAGCUGAAAACAACUGCAAAAAAUGCCCAGCGACCAAAUGUUGGGCCAUCCAAUGUUCAGCGGACCCCUGUUGCCCGCGGGGCUGCAUGGAAGCGUGACUGUUUCUGGUUUAGCGUUUAACUAAAUCGAGAGCCAGAAGCAAUGCCAAGCAGUGCCGAGCAAGAGCCACCCAAUGGUGGACAUUUGUAUAUUUUUGAGGUCGGUCCGGGAUGACGUUUCGACGCUGCGAACACGAUGCUCGGGCUGUGUGAUUCUCCCGUGUUUCGUGGCUGGAUGGAGCUUCCAUGGUCUGGAUCGGUCGGCCCACUCAUCGGUGAUACGCGCCAGGGGUUCAGGGGCCCAAGUUUUCGGCUCGGGCUGCCCGACUGGGAUCUCCAACUGCAACUGCAUUGGACCAUUCUUCUCAGCCAGGCGCAUCGAACAGAAUACUGCAUAUAGUCGAACGAGUUGUCCCCGUCAUUGCGGCGAGCGGAGCAUCGACAGGCCCGUAACUUUAACUUUGGCCCCGGGCUGCCAGGCACGCAAUGGCGAUCGGGAUCACCCUUGGCUGAUCAUACUCGGCAGGGGAGCGUCGAGGAGGCAGCGUAGGGCUGAUUUCAACGCCGAGCCUGGGAAAGGGAAACAGGCCAAGUCGACAGCAACGAGUCCCAGCAAGUUAGUGGUAUUUGGGGGUUCGUUACCCUGUGCGUACAUGAGGUUGCAAUGUAACUUGGCUUCCUGGGGCUCGAAGUAUUCUACCGGCAGUGGCGAAGAAAAAGGAAAAGAAUGGCUGGGAUGUCGCUUGGUGUGCGUCGUGUGUCGGAAUCAGUUGUCGCGAAACUUCGAGGGCGCUGUUCAAACGGCAGACGUUGAUUGUCGGUGUUUCUUCAGUUCCCGACUCCCGAUGGAGGGAUCGCAUGCAGGGCUGUAACAGGUGCACCGACGAGGAGUCCCAAAUUCGGGAUGGACUUGCAUUGAUAUGAAAAAAAGAUGGAAGGCGGUGUUAAGGUCUGCCAUCGCCCAUCGUGUUAAAUGUUCACUCAGUUCGAAGCAGCAGAACUGCCGAUAGUGGAGCCGCAAGUUCAUCGACCCUUCCGCGGUUAGGGGACAGCGACGGGUUUCCCCGCAGGGAUGCGACGGCACCAGGGCAGAUCCGGCUCGGGUCAG